AGCCAGUUUGGCUCAAGCCUUAUCGUGUCGGGCCCGCCGCCCCUUCUCGAGUUCACCCUGGUUUAGACUUGUAGUUUUCCAAUCUUCGGCUUGGAGGGAUAUGCCACCGUCUGCUACGACCUUGCAGGUUCCAGCGGCAGCAGAUGCCACCCUAGACGAGCAGGCGUGCAACGGGGUUGGAUCCCUCGAGGGCCGCUGGGUGACUCGGAAGCGCACGCAGGCGGGCCUGCCUGGAAGCCUGGUGAUCCAUGGAGACCGUGUCCUCUGGAAGUCUGGGCACGUCUGGACGGUGCGCCACGACGGCGGCGCCAGCUUCACCGUCGCCGUCCGGGGCAAGACGACGGUCACGACGUUCCGGGCGCGGCGCGUCAGCAGCGACCAGCUCGAGUGGGACGACGGAGACGUCUGGAGCCGGGUGCCGGACGAGGACUUCCCUCCGCUGCCGAGCGCUGCCGGCACCCGCAGCGGCGCGCGUGCCUGGCCUCGGCAGCCCACCGGGCAGGCGGCCCCUGCCAGCGCGGAGGCGCCGCCCGCCGAGGCGCCCCCCUCCGCGGCGGCGGCGGGUGUGGCCGGCUCGGCGGCGCGCGCCUCGGCGAGCGCUGCGCCCGCGGGCGGGCCGGAGGUGCCCGAGGGGGCCCCGGCGGCCAGCGGCCCUGCCGCCGACGGCCUGGAGCAGUUCCAGCCAGUUGUCCGGAACACCUUCGUCGAGUUCGCGGACGGGGCCACCUCGCAGCGCGCCAGGGUCCGCCGGCUGCGGCCCACGAGGUCGGACGCGGUCGAUGACCCGCGGGAGGCCGUCCUGGCGCUGGCGCCGCUCGACCCGUCCCGCGGGGCUCGGGCCGCCGACGCGGAGAGGCCCGUCACGCCCCGCUGCCAGGCCCGCGCCGGCAGCAGCAGCGGCAGCCCCUCCCGCAGCUGCCGCAGCACCCGGGCCGACAGCAGCGACCGCUCCUGCGGCGUGACCCCGCCGAAGGAGGCGGCCCCGGCGCAGAGCGGCGACCUGGUCGCCGGCCUGCCCGUGGAGUCCCGCGACUCCUCGUCGCCCGCGGGCGGCGGCGGCGGCGCGAGGCCGCCCGUCUGGCUGCUUGGGGCGUCGGCGGGGCGACUCCUCAAGGCAACUUGGGCAGCUUCGCGGGCAAGGGGAGGGCCCAGGCGUCGCAGGCAGAGCGACCGGGCCACCAGGACACCGACGACGACGACUCCUCGAGCGACAGCGGGUGCGACGAGGCCUGUCGGUGCAUCGACGAGCUGCUCGCCCAGACUGUGCAGCGCGACAGCCGCGUUCGCCGGCUGCUGUAGGCUCUGGCGGCAACGCUGCAUCGCGGCCUGUUUCUGUUCGUGGCGGCCGUCGCAGCUUCAGCCUGUAGCGCCGGGCUCUGGACUGCGAGUUUGCAGACGAGCUGCGAUAGUCUGGGAGAUCGAGCUUGCGUCCAAAUAUUGGGGCAAUUCGGGCAUGUCUGUGGACAUUUCUCUGCGAGCAGAGCAGAUCCAUUGUACGUCUUGUUCGUGAUGCAAUUGCAUGUGCUGCACGGUCAGCGAAGGCGUUGUGGUACGUAGCCCUGUACCCGCGAAUGGGAGGGCGCCCGCUUCGCGUCGUUGCAAAAGGGACCUCGUGCUGUCAGGGCCGGGCAAGUGAACAUUUUUAGAAUACAUGUUUGCAAGAGAAGCUUGGCCGCUCCAUGACUUCUGUGAGCGCUGUUUACAUUUUCUGGUGCUCGUGCUGAAGCCGCGGUGCAGGGGUACAGAGGGUGGCAUUCGAGUGCUGGUCCCUCAUCUGGCACAUCUUCCUCAACAAGGACUCGUGAGAGAAUUCGAACGCUUUGCGCAUUCCGCCGGCCCGUAUUGCAUCACCGUUGACAUUUGCUCGCGUGCUCGAAACGAUUGGGAAGUUGUUUAGUGGUGGCAAGUUCACCAAACUGUCGUGGGAGAACCAGACGCUGGGUAGAGGGCAAACAUGGACAG